UUGAACAAAGUUCUCAAAUCACUUAAGAAUUCACGAUGGCACUAUAAAAGUUCACAACCCCAGAACAAAUUAAUGUCAAGUGAUUAUAGACCUUCCCAUAGAAUCAUCAACAAAUUAAACGCGGUAUUACAGACUAUGGAAGGACAAAUUAAGACAUAUACAUUUAACAUGGAAAUGAGUUGUGAGGGCUGUGCUAAGGCCGCGAAGAGAGUUUUAAUGACUCUUGGAGAUGCAAUUAAGGAAGUCGAGACGAGUGUUGAGAACAAUACAGUCACCGUUCAAACCACUUUACCUGUUGAUGAUGUUUUGCACAAGCUCGAAGAAACGCAGAAGAAGAUUGUUUUGGUCACUUCCCAAUAAUAUACAAACUAAAUAUUCCAGAAA